AUGUCCACAGUUGACUCCUCGUGUUUGCGAAAGCAGAAGAUUCGAAGAGCAUCCUCCGCCUUUAGCAUGAAAAUGACUGGCAUUAAGAUCGUUUUGCAGUUGGCUGCAGUUGCUCUGGUGUGCAACAUGGCCUCGGCGAUUGCUGAGCCUCUUCCUGUUGCUCUUCCUCUUCCUCUUCCUGACCCUGUAGCUCUUCCUCUUCCUGACCCUGUAGCUCUUCCUGUUCCUGGUCCUGAUGCUCCUCCCGUCUCUCUUCCUGAUCAUCCUCUUCCUCAAGAUUCCCCAAUGACUGAAGAUGUGUGAGAGCGGCCCUUCGUCGUCCUGAACAGCUGAUCUUGACGCAGACCAUUUCUCCUGCAAAUGAAAUAAAUGCUUUUAGUUGC